AUGAUAAAGCAAUUCAAUCGUGGCGCUGGCCAUGAAUGGGUCAUACACAUCAAACGAACCCUUGAUGAAGGGAUAGACGAUGAAGAUUUAGGCAUUCCUGCCUGCAUCUUCAGCGUACCCAAAGCCCUAGUUUCCACCAAACAAGAAGCAUACAUCCCUCAACUAGUUGCGAUAGGCCCUUAUCAUCAUCGACGCGUAGAGCUCUUCGAAAUGGAGCGCAAGAAGCUUGUCUUUGCAGAAAGAAUCCAGAAGAAGUUUCACAACAUUACGUUCAGUGACAUUGUUGGGCACUUGGAGGAAAAUGUUAGCAGAAUUCGAGCUUGUUAUCAUGCGUACUUGGAUUUUGAUCGGGAAGAACUGGCUUGGACUUUUGCCAUUGAUGCUUCCUUCUUGUUGGUGUGCCUCCAAGCCUAUAAAAUUAAGCAUGAAGAUCCAUCAACGAGUCUUUCAGCUUCCAGUUUAGCACAGUUGGUUGACCUCUCCAAGAAGAAAACCAUACACCAUGUAAUCCUUAGGGAUGUUGUCAUGUCGGAAAAUCAAAUUCCUCUUUUUGUGCUCAGAGAAGUCAAUAGGUUAUUUCAGUAUGAAAAUCCUGAUGAAGUGUUGGCUUCGAUGUUAAUGAAAUUCUGUACGCAUCUGUCACCUAUUAAAAUCAUGGAUAGCCAGCAACAACUUAUUGAAGAAUGUCUCCAAAAGAAUCAUCUUCUUGAUCUUCUCUAUUGCAUGGUUGCUCCUAAAUUGGAAGAGGAAAGUUCAGAAAUCGAUGAGUCCAAGGAGGGCAAAGAAAACCUUGAGGAAAUUGGUUGCUUCAAGAAAGCUUGGAAGUUUAUCUGGAGCUUUUUAUGUUUCAUUGUCAUAGUUCCUAUCAGGUUUCUUGUACGAAUACGAAAAUCAAAAGCUGUCAAGGUUGCAGUCACCCUACCAUGGCAAGUCAUCAAGCAACUUUGCCAUCUCAAUACCAAAAGUGAAAUAACCAAUCUUGUCUCUACUGCCAGAACCGUGGCUGCAGAGAUCGAAAGCGUAUCUGGAUUGAACAAUGCAAGUCUAUUGAUCGAAGAAUUCUCGAUCCCAUCUGCCGAAAAACUAUCUGGCAUUGGUGUCAUAUUCAUUCCCACAAUAGGUGGCUUGAAGACCAUUCGAUUUGACAAACCUUCCGGAGCAUUUUAUCUUCCGGUCGUGGACUUGGACGACAACUCAGAGGUGUUACUGAGGAAUCUUGUAGCUUAUGAGGCUUGUUUAGCACCAGAGUGCACAGUAUUUGCACGCUACAUUAGAUUGAUGAGUGGAAUUCUGGACACGAAAGAGGAUGUGAAGAUUUUAAGGGAUUCGGGGAUUGUCUUGAAUCGACUCAAGAGCGACGAGGAAGCAGCAAAUCUUUGGCAUGGAAUUGAUAAAUUCGUGAACCUCACCAAAGUUCCAAUUAUUGACAAGGCAAUAGAGGAUGCAAAUACUUAUUAUUCAAAGAAUUGGAAAGUUCGGCUGGCAAAGUGUUUCAACAAGUAUGUUUAUGGUUCGCGGCCAAUUCUGACAUUCUUAGCAGCUAAUAUCCUCAUAUUGCUGUCUGCUUUUGAGGCCUUCUGUUCUGUAUAUAAUUGCUCUAAAUAG